GUCUCUUUCAAGGGAAUCCAGCAACGUACAAUACUGCCUCUUUGAUAUAUCCAAAGCGACAUUUACGGAUGACUCUUACUAGUAAAAUUGGCAGGGCCAGUUCACCAGACGGUCCUUCCGGAUAUUCGUACCAUCCCAGGCAACUGGCGGCGAGAUGAUUCCACCUCGACGGUGUAGCGUUACAAGACUGGUAUUUUCUGCUGUCUGAGAAUGAUGAAAUUCGACGAGCUGUACGCUUCGGUGGAUGGUAAAAUUUAUGGCUAUGAGAUAAACCUACUGAGCAGGUGAGUGGAUAUCGCUGCAUUAUCCCAAUCAAGUGAGGGUGCUGGGAUUUGGAAUGGAAGUCAUGACGGGGUCAGGAUCUCGGACGGUGUCUCUGAUACCUGGAAAAUACUGGGUCGAUGUGUGAAUGGGAUGAAUUGAUGUCGCUGUUUGCAUUGGAGAUGUUCCCGGAUCCAAAUGACCUGGUAGAUGGCCACAGUCACGCAGCACGCGGGUCAAGGUCACUGUAGGUAUGCUUAAGUCAGCUCCUGGGUCUUCACAUCUAAGUUCCUACAGGUAGAACAAGGGUUCAAUGUCCAGGCUUCGGAUCGACGUCUGAGUGAAGUGCUCCUGCUCUACUCCUGCUCCUGCCCGUUUUGGUUGAAUCCUCUUUCUAUCACGUGAACUCGCGUGCCUCUCGCACCGUGGAUUUAGGUAUUCAAUUGCUCGCCCCAUCCCCCUCCCCCUUCCCUCUGCAUCCCACUUCCAAAGACCCAGAAUCUCCAUUUCUGCUAUCAUUCUUUCGGACGGCGGCUUUCUAUCUUUAGAUAGAACAUAUCUCGUGCCUCGUUGUUUCAACGACACGUCUACAGGAGUUAACUCUCCUUGUAGUUUAUUGGUGUGUCUCGGUGCUCGUUGUUAUCAACGACACCUCUACAGGAGUUAACUCUCCUUGUAGUUUAUUGGUGUGUCUCGGUGCUCGUUGUUUCAACGACACUUCUACAGGAGUUAACUCUCCUUGUAGUCUAUUUGUGUGUUUGGUACUCGUUGCUAUCAACGAUACCCAUAGGAGUUAACUGCCAUUGCGGUUUCAUCCUAAAGGGGACUUUUGAACCUCGCCUUACCUACCUACACGUCUUCGUUGAUUGUGUAUGUUUUUGAAAUGUCUCAAAUGGGACUGAACUUCACCGAUGAAAAUGAUCAUCGUGUUGAGGCAAACAGUGACCAUCAUGGGCACAGUCCAAGAUCAACAGAAAGGGGGGUGGGCAGUUCAAUCCGGACGUUCUCGCCAGGGAAACGCCAGCAUCAAGACACCCCGACCAAGACCAGGCAAGAUCCAAAAAAGUUUAGGACUGCUGGUCUAAGCUCUGGUGCUGAUAAGCCCUCGGAACUAUCGAUAGACGGUUACGACUCUGUGGUACCUGGCGACGGAGACCAUGAUGCGAACGUUGCAAGUGAAUCAGCAUCGCCGAGCUCUGCAACUUUGGCGAACGAAAGGCCAGCCCUACGAGUGGCUGAUCUGCAUGGACAUCCAGACCGGGAAAUCGAUUCGGGACAAGUUUCGCCAGAGGAUGAGCACGCCCAGCGCCGGGGUGAGCAAGAAUCGCCUGGUGAACAGCCUUCCGUCUUUGACAAUCCUCAAGAAGCGGCGGCAGAGAUUGCCUUUGCCGAAACCCAGAUCGAACAAGAAGGAAUCGACCUUGAUGAGGAGCCUCCAGUGCAGCAGACCCAAAUCCGCGCAACUGGCGAAGAUUCGAUAUACAACAGAUACUCGGAGCAGCUCACUGAGGCCCUAGAUCAAGGCAUUGACGCUCUGAUCAUGGCGGCUAUGGAUUUGACGGGAAUGCCCUGUGAUGGAUGGGUGGCUAAACGGAAGGCCAGUCAAAAGUGUCAUUACAGAGACCUUCUACAUUCCCUAUGGAUCAUGGUCAUUGGCUGGGACCCUUUGGUGUUGAAACAUGUCGUACAUGGGAAUCUACCAGAGGAGGAGAAUCGUAACCCGGAGCUCAAGAAAGCCUUAAGGCUUAUGAACGAGAAUCUACCAAGGAACAAGGUAUGUCCAUCCACAUAUGCCAACUACCUCGUUGGAAAGGGAGGAGUAGCUACUACUGUAGAUGAUUGCAGGUCGAUACUGGACAUCGGAGAACUGUACCUCAGCGGACUCGGCAAGCCAGAUGACGACUCUGUAUCUCACGAACUUGCUGGCAAGGUCGAUUCAGCGCUACCCUCGAAGGUAUGGGGUCCUCGAUCAGCAAAAGAAGGGAAGCGUCGAUACAUCGAGUCAGAUAUACAAGCAGGGAAGUGUAUGGAAUGGAUAGAAGCUACAAGGGAGAGACUUCGAGGGCUGUCAGCCGACGAACCACUUGAGAGACCUCUGUGUGAGGUAGGUUUCGCAAAGACACCACAUGAGCGACUUGCCCAGCACGCCGCACAUACCAGCUCCAACUACCUCAUGAACCUGGCCGAAGCCAUCUGCAUGACCCACAACCAUCUCUCACAGUACAGGAUCAAGCAAUAUGUGGUCCACCACCUUGCGCAUCACACACACGCCAUGUACGACGAAAUUCUGGCCAGUCGCUUUGCACUUGUCUACACCAGUCAAGGCGGCGGUUUCAGUCACUACCCAGCGGGAAUCAGUCACAAAGGGGCCGAGAAGACGGAAAAGCAGCAUUACAAUGCCCAACAGGAGCUGUUAGCUCGCGAUCCGAGCUUCCACAAGCGAGUAGCAGAACAGUUGGACAAGAUGAAGGCUGUGGCGGAAUUCUACGAAAGGUUCGUCGAGGUCUCGAAACAGCAUCGAGAAAGUAUCGAGAAGGUGGCGCUUGCAGCGAGAGCUUUGGAUAAGAAAUGUGACGAAGUAGCGGAGCAGCAGGCAAGGGAAAGACAGAUAUGGGCAGAAUUGACGGAUCCAAUACUUGACUUUAUGGACUUUGCAGAAGAGCUCGAGAAGGACAUGGAGGCUGAAGGUGUCUGAGAAAUUGAAUAUCUGAAUCUACACUGGGUUUAUCGCAACAUUUU